AUGGCUGAAAAUACUAUACGACUUGGCCAAUACGAACUUCUCAAGUAUUCUUUUGGUGCGUUCCUAACUUGUUCUGACGUAGCAACCGACAUAUUGACAGCAACAACUUAUUACCGACAGCGACAGUUUAUCUGGUUUGGCUUUUGCUUGGCGUUUGCAGUUUUGCCAUCGUUCCUAUUAACACUUGCAUACCUCUUGCAACGUUGCAAACAAGAGAGAAAGAUUGUACUGGUGGGAAAAUUUAUUUUCUUUGCCAAUCCAUGCGGAUCUGGCUUUCUGAAGAUGAAGCUUCUACUCGUUUGUUUACGGAAUUAUGACGAAGUGCGAAGCGUCCGGGGUUGGCUCGUGGACGACGAAAAACUUCGACAGGAUUACAGAGCUGAAAAAGUUUAUCACUAUGUGGAAGGCCUUUUGGAAAACAUGCCGCAAAUUAUUCUUCAGAUUUACGUGACAGUCAUUCAAGAGCAAAAAAUUUAUCCGAUACAAAUUUUCUCGAUUUGUGUUACAUUUAUAAACCUCGUUUGGGUAAUGACCUUGUUCGAGUACUGCAGCUUUGUUAAAGAGGCCACAGUAACACAUUUUUUGGCUAUGAUAUUUUACAACGUUUGCCUUAUCGCAGCUCGUGGGAUGUCAAUUGUAGCUUUCCUUGUUGCUUUCAAAUGGUUUACCUCAGCUGUCCUGGCUUUCCAUGAGUUGAUAUGCAUAACAAUUUAUGUCUAUAGAAAUCACAAAUACUUCAGCGAGAAAGAAGUUUGGUGGAUUGCUUUGCUACUUAUGCCAUGCUACGUAUUCGUUUACCUGGGAUUUAAAGUAAUGGAUCUCAAUGCCAAAUUGUUCGACAUAAAACUUGGCAGAUCCGUGAUUUCUUCAACUCUCUUUUACUCUUGUUUUACCGGUGAAAACGUUGUGAUGAUUUUGCUGUUUUACUCAUGGUCAAAGACGAACAGUGACUCGCAGUGGAAUCCGUGGAUUUUUAAAGUUAUCACAACUUCUGUAAUUGUUUUGUCUGUAGUAGGGACAGUCAUACAAAUUUUUUUCACGUUUUCAUUCUUUCACAAACCAACAAGGGUGACGCCGGAUCCUGAGCCAGAAAUUCACGGUCUAGAAUCUUAUCAGCCCAUCGAUAUCCUUGUUAACCAAUCGAAUCCACAGGUAAAACCGCGUGACUCUAGAUAUAUUCCACAGUUUGUACCAGAAUAG